UAGGGCUAGAUAAGCUAGAUUGGCUACUUGGCUAGUCCAGUCGAAAUAAAUAAACUUGAAUAUUGUGUUUUAAAGUGUCUCAAUGCAUUUAAGAUUUCUAAAUUAAAUUCUUUCUCCUCCCACACCUGUGUCGUGAAUGUAAAAAAAAAUAGGUUGAUUCCAAGAAGUUAUUUGCCAUCAAUGUUUGUUUGCAAAACAAAGUAAAGUCACAUUAUAAUGUGUGACAUUAAAAUAGAGCACGAAGAUCCAGAAAUAUGUCGUGGCUGUCUCAGCUCAGACAGGAAGCUUGCUCCUGUGGAUUCGGGCGACCUGUACUUUUCUCUUUUGACAGAAGACCAAAAACUGGAAGCAUUAACCAUACCGCAGAUAGCUCUGUGUUGGGAGUGUAUGGCUCUGCUGAACAGGACGCGCAGGUUUCAGGCCCAAGUUCAAAACGCACACACAAUUUUGCAAGAAUCCUUACAAAUUUCACCAACAAAACCUACUCUUUCUUCACUUACGGUCCAUCACAAAUUUGAAUAUGACGCUGUUCUUGAAGAAGGCAAACCAUCUGAACAACCAUUAGUUUUUGAUGAACAAAAACCAACUAUAAAGGAUGAUAAAAUAAAAGUUAUCAUACCCACAAAGUACAAAACUACAGUUACAACAAACAAUGUACAAAAUGUUAAAAAUUUCAAAGAUGUUAUAAAUGAUCUUUUAAAGAAUGUUGAAAUUGAUAAAGAUGCUGAUCCCAGUAAUGACAGUGAUGAUGGUGAAGAUGAUGAGAAUUUUGAAGCUGAUGAUAGAAAUUAUAAUUUAUCUGACGAAAUGUCAAAUAGCGAAGAUGAUUCUCUAAAAAAAAUACCAAAAGCUGCUAAGAAUACUAAGAAUAGUUUACCAAUAGUAAAACCAAAACAAAAUGAUGUAACCAUUACAAAAAAAGUCACUAAACCCCUAAACCGAAAAGUGGACACAAAGAACAUAGAAGUUCCUUUGAUUAAAACUCCUGCAAUGCUAAAAUUGGAAAUGGAGUUAAAAAAGCACAUGAGUGUCAUAAAGGUUGCACCAAAGGAGGCAACAAUAAACUCGCAAAAGAAAUGUGAUGAAAAAAAAGUGAUUGAUUAUAAAAAUAUCCGUAAAUCAGAUCCUGAUGAAGACGAGCCAAUAAGAAAAAAAGAAAAACAGACAGAGUUAGAUCCAGAUUUUAAUGUAGAGGGUGAUGAAGAUUCUGCAACUGAUGAUAGUGAAGAAUUUAAACCAAUUGGCAUAAAGAAUGUCUAUGUAGACGAUGACAAAACAGAGAAACAACGUAAAUUUAGGAAAACAAUUACACAUUAUAAAAAUGUGGCACAGGUUUCUUCAUAUUUUACAGAAAUUGAAAUGAGUGAACAAGAAAUAAGGAGUGCUUUAGAAAAAGAUGAUACAAUCGUUAGAGAAAAGAAACCACUAAAAUGUAACAUAUGUGGAUUGAUGUUUGGGCAUAGGAGAGCCUUAACGCGACACGGGUUGGCUUAUCAUAAAAGCAAAUAUCCCGGCCAAUACAAAAAAGGAAGUUGGUACAACCCACCACCGGUUUAUCCUGAGAAGUAUCUCUGGCGCUGCUAUAUUUGCGCCAGAAUGAUGCGGAGGGAACACAUAGUGGCUCAUAUGGAUGAGUACCAUAGGACUCAGUAUUUCUGCAAUGGAGAUGGAUGCGAAUGGUGCGAGAGGCCUUUUUGGGAAAAGGAAGAUUUUGACCAGCACUGGGAAGAUAUUCAUAAGAAGGUUAUAUGUGACUACUGUGAAAAAUACAAGAAGAACAAAAAUAGCCUGGAGAAGCAUAUGCAAAAAUCCCACACCACUCGAGUAAAAUACGUCAUCCCUCAAUGCAAGAAGUGCUUAAAGACAUAUUCCUCGCGCGAAGCUUUGAAGAGUCACAUAUUAUACAUACACGAGAAGUAUGAGGAGCCGGUAGAGCAGCGGUACUGCGUCGAGUGUGACAUGACCUUCAAGAGGAUUGCCAUAUUUAAUAAGCACUUUGUUGAUAAACAUUCGGGCGUGCCUAAAACUAUGUAUCCGUGCGAACAUUGCGGGAAAGUGAUGGCCAACAAAACUUCGUACCAUAACCAUGUAAGCCUCUUCCAUAAAGGCAAGACUGACUACUGCUGCCACAUCUGCGGCAAGUAUUUGUCGAAGGCGCAAGCGCUGAAACAACACUUGGAUAUGCACAACAAUGUAAAACCUCCGAAGACCAAGAAGUGCAACAUAUGCGGACGCUUGUUUAUGAGCAACAGAAUUCUACGUUACCAUAUGUACACCCACACGGGCGAGCGUCCGUUCCGAUGUCCGCACUGCGAAACAGCUUUCUCACAGCCGCACUGCCUUCGUACGCAUUUCAUGAAACAGCACAACAUUGAUGCCAGGGUGAAAUCGGACGGGACGAUUACUGAAAUAACUGGGACGGAAUAAGUUACUGCCGAUAAAUUAGUUUUGAAAACAGUUAUUGCCGACUAGGGAAUGCACACCGGUUUUUAUUUGUAUGAAAUUUCUGUUAAUAGCCGGUUAUUAUCCGGUUUUUUUCAUAAAAUUAAAACCGGUUUGCAUUCCCUAUUGCCGACUGUACUUAGUACCAGAUUAUUGUAUUGCGUACAUGUUUGCGAAAUGUCGUUUUCAACAUUGGUAUCACAUUAUCGCUUGCAAUAGGACGGUCUGACAGGUAAUUUGUAUAAAGAUACAAGCAAAUGUCGUCCUUAUUGUAAGCGACAAAGUGGUACAUUUUGAUUAAAAACGUCACAAUUUUCUAAACGGUACGGCUAUAAUAGCGUGUUUUGUGCGUCGCUGUGGAAAAUGGCGUCGCGUUUGCACCAAUGUCGAGCGUUGACUAGACGGACGCUCGGUAGACGCUAGUGCGUGACGUCUAUUAUAGUAAAUUAAGAUUGAUUU